AUGGCUGAUGGACUCAACCAAGCCCGCGCCUUGAGGGUAGCGGAGAUUAUCAAUGAUUAUCGUACACUUCUCAUCCACAUUCCUCAACAGAAUGUCGAUGCAUCGCCGGACGAUGUUUCGGAAGAGGGCUACGCGGUGCUGAGGGAGUGCAUGGCUGCAGCGCAGUCUCUCCUGUCAGCCAACUACAACAUGAACGCGGUACCAGCGCACUCGAGCAGUGCUGAGACGGAAAAGGCAGAGUUGCGACGGGUCAUCCUCGAUGCUAGUGCCCGCCGAUUUCAGGCGCAUAUGAUUUACCUUCGUGCUGCUGCUGCCAAGCGCUGGGCGAUCCAUCGUCAGAAUACGUUGCGUGGUCAGAGACCUGCAUCGCAGCAUGCGAGCCAACUAAAAGCGGUGAGCAACGCAUUUCGACAGGAGCUCCAACAGGUGACUGAUGCGCAUGUCGUUGCUGACCUUCGGGCAGCCGAUGUCCGGGCAGGCCACUGGCUCGACGACGACCCGUCGCUAAGCGCAAUUCUUGCCUGUAUCCGGUCACGCUCGUGA